AUGGCUUCUCAGGUGAAAGAAGAAUCUGAUAUGAAAUGCGAAGAUGAACAGCAUCCGAGGCCACCCCAGAGACCCCUACGCCUGAAUGCCUCCCAAGCGCCCAAAGAAGAGAUUCAGAGCCUUGUCGGCCGCAUCAAUGCUGCCGCUAAGGCAUUGGACACACCCGAGACAGACUUAGCCUCCAACGCUCGACAGAAUCUUCUGCUUGAGGCCAAAAUCCUAGUCGCCUCUCUCGAAGAUCCCGAUGCAGAAGUCUGGCCCCGCGCCUUUCAGGUCAACGUCGCGCUUUCAGUCGACAUCGCAGGAAGUCUCGGGGUUUGGGAUAAACUGCGAGACGAAGAGUUCAUCACUCUUUCGGAUGCUGCCAAAUGGUCGGAUGCCACAGCAGUUGUUCGAGUUUUGCGGCAGCUGACCGCAGCUGGCCUUCUUUCCGACUUCAAGAGCCUCAAUGAGCCUGCAUAUGCCCUCACGUCCUUGGGAAAGCCGUAUCUCGAUUGGAACCAUCUUUCCUUCAAUCGUUUCAUUCUUCGAGAGGUUCUCCCGACUAUUCGCGACUCAGUGGAGCAGAAGUGCUUUCAAACGCCCAGCUUCGACAGCGUGCCCCACAACAAGUGGUUGAAUCUGGCCAAAAAUCCCAAUCGUGCAGCUAACAUGGCCCGAGGAAUGAGGUCUCUGAGUGCCGGUGGCCUGGCCGCCAAAGCGUACCCUUUCGGCGACGAGCUUGCGAAGCUGAACAUCAAAGACGAUGAUAUCGCUAUUGUAGACGUGGCUGGCGGACAGGGACAUAUCAUGAGCGACAUCCGCAAGCGGUAUCCUGACAUGAAGGGCAGCAUCAUCGUCCAAGAUCUCCAAUCGGUGAUCGAAUCCGACCCAGGCGGCAAAGUCCAAGGCGUCAGUUUUAUGGCUCACGAUUUUUUCCAGCCGCAGCCCAUCACGACGGCUCAUGUUUACUACCUUCGACACAUCGUUCACGACUGGGACGACGACUCGAUGACACUUAUACUCAAGGAGUUGGUCCCAAUCCUGAAGGCGCGGCCUCUGACCAAGUUGCUUCUGGCAGACUUAGUCCUUCCCGCCACCGAUGUAAGUAUGCAGGAAGCUGUGCGAGACUUCACCAUGUUUCGCAUCGGGGGCUUAGAGCGGACUGAGGACCAGUGGCGAAAGCUGCUUGCGAGGAGUGAGCUGGAGAUCAAAAAGAUCUGGAGAGGCACCGAGCCUGAAGCAUGUGUGGAAUGCGCCUUGAUCGUUGCUGAUGAGCAUGAUCAGAAUGAUUCUGCCACAGGUUCUCCUAGCUCAGAGGUGACUGGAGUGUGA